GCAAAACCAAGCUGACAACUCAUGCAAUGCUGGCAGCAUUUUCAUUCCAUCAUCGUGGCAGGGCUGAAUAGGGUUCUUUUUUUUUUUUAUUUCUCUUUACAACCAAACAAGAAGCAAGGCCAGACUGCUAUUGUAGCACGCAGCUGAUCAGUAUGGAACGCAGAAUCAACAGAACAGACAAAGACUGUGAUGAUAAAUGUCACAAUUCAGAAGAUGGAGACCCGAGUACAAACUGUAAAACAUCCCUUGUCACUCUCAACGUUGGUGGCUAUCUGUACAUCACACAAAAACAGACUCUCUCCAAGUACCCUGACUCUUACCUUGAAGGUGUGGUCAAUAGGAAAAUUUUCUGCCCAAUUGAUGCAGACGGACAUUACUUCAUAGACAGAGACGGGCUACUAUUUAGGCAUGUUCUGAACUUUUUACGAAAUGGGGAACUCUUGUUACCAGAGGGUUUCAAAGAAAACCAUCUUUUGGCACAUGAAGCAGAUUUUUUCAAGCUGAAGGCACUUAAUGCAGCUGUGAAAGCUAGAUGGGAGAAAGAGCAGCAGGCUGCACGGGAAACCACUUUUUUGGAAAUAACAGAUCACCACGAUCGGUCUCAGGGUCUUCGGAUCUUCUGCAAUGCCCCUGAUUUCAUCUCCAAAAUAAAAGCUCGCAUUGUGCUGGUUUCCAAAAGCAGGCUGGAUGGAUUUCCAGAGGAAUUCUGCGUUUCCUCGAACGUUAUUCAAUUCAAAUAUUUCAUCAAAUCAGAAAAUGGGACACGUCUCGUACUGAAGGAAGACAACACCUUUGUUUGCACGCUGGAAACUCUUAAGUUCGAAGCCAUUAUGAUGGCACUGAAGUGUGGAUUCAGACUCCUGACUAGCCUGGAUUGUUCGAAAGGGUCAAUUGUUCAGAGCGAUGCACUUCAUUUUAUCAAGUAAUUACUUUUUCACUAAACAAAAGGCAGCGGAGGAUCCAGCCAAGCCUCAUUAAGCAGCAGCUCCUUGGCUUCACAUCAUGUACCUGACUCGUGAGCAAGCAAAGAGCUGUGCUGCACAUGAAUACAUGUGAGCCAACGGUAUGUACAUGUCACCCAAAAUGACAAUUAACUCCUGACUGCAGAAAAUCCUGCUCUUUGUGUAAAAGGAAGUCUAACAGGUUUUUAGAACAUAUUCACUGUAAAUAAAUGGUUUUAUGCUGCUAAAAUAUUUGCCCUUCACUGCUGUCAUUUGCAAUCAUGUUUGCGCACUAUUAUGUGUAACAACAGACACAUUUAAUCAGAUGAAAUUGUUCUUAACAGCUCUCUGUGAAAAUCUUGCAGCUUUCAACAUCUUUUUUUAAAGCACAAUGUCAGUCUUGGCUUCAAAUCAGCAUUGUGAAACAGUCAUAUUCCCCAAAAUGCACCUAAUGUUAUUACUGUAUAUCUUGUGUGACUGUAAAAUAGAUUUUUCCCUCACAAAAAUGACUGUAUAACUGUAGUUCCUAUACUAAGGAUGAAUCCCAGAGAAGUAUUUUUGUGCAUGUAUUUCAAAAGAUCUUAGAUGUGACUGUUCUCUUUGCAUGUUUACAUAUAACUCAAAAAUGGUUAUUUCGGGUAAAAAUGUAGUACAGAGAACUCAUGAAAAUUAUAACAUUUUUAGGUUGCCUGGUUAUUUUAGAGUAGCAUAUUGUAGCAGACAAUUCAUAUGUAGCUACCAACUAAUUUUCAUUACACCAUAGCUGAAGAUCUACACAGAAACAUUGUGACUAGGGUAUAACAAAGAAGCAUAUAUGACAAUAUAUUAUAUAUACAUACUUUUUUCACUGCAUUCAUUCAAUAACUAGCAAGGAGUUUAAAAAAAUAAAAGUAUAUGUGCAGAAGCAGUCUGAAAAGCCUUUAUCAAGUUUUCUGGCAGCUGGAGUAUAACCCUUGCUAACACUGCAUGUAGCAAAGAAUAUAUUAUGUUAUAUUUGAUGCACAUUUCCAUGGUUUUUCAUACUGUGUUUUUAAAAUGAUUUUUUCUUUGAAAUAUGUAAUGAAAAGAAUGUAUUAAGAGGUUUCCAUUGAUUUGUGAAUGAUUUAAUUACAACACUGCAGAGCAUUUUUACAUGAUUUUGAUUGUAAUUAUGACUGGAUUACGAUAUGCAGCACUUAAUUACACCCAUAGCUUUAUACAAUUUCCCAAAAGGUAUUGAUUUGAGCUGUCUGUCAUUGAGCACAUACACAAAACAUCAUGAAGAAAUGACAGCAUAUUUUUUAAUUCUCCUGCCACAAACACUUGUAGCUCUGAGACCUGAAAACUUUUGCAACAACAACAAUCAGUGCUUUCUUACGCAACAUAGUACCCACCAAGUGUGUAUAUGUUUUUUCAAUUUUAAACACAAUAUACGCACAUAUAACCACAAAUGUAACCACAAUGGACUUAUAUGCCUUGUUUUUAUGCAUUUUGCAGUUUUUCACAGAAGCAAGUGUAAUUAGAACAAUCAUCAAACAGUAGAAAAUUGCGCAUGCUGGGUUUAUAAAAAAAAAAAAAAAAAA